AUAAUACUUAUUCUGUAUCUUCUGUUCUGUCAUUGAAUAAACAGGUUUAUGCACCAUCGUUUGUACAUGAAAUUGACGACGUGAGUGAAAAUAAACUAGUGAUUAUACAUAUAUGCUCAUACAAUGAAGUUUAAAAUUAUCUUAUGCUAAAAAGUGUUUAUUUUAUUUACGUGUAAUUGUUACUAUAACUAUUGGUGAUAUUCAAGACAAAGUUUAUUGUCUGAAGGCUUGACACACUACGCAUUCUAAUACGUAGGUUUUAUUUUUCUUAUUUUAUCAAAGCUAUGUUAAACUUUUCGUGAAGUGAUAGUAGAUAUAUUCGAAUUUCUUCUUUGAUUUCUUGUUAUUAUUCAAAAUAUUGCCACAAUGCCCACAAGUGCAGUGUAUCAGCCAACAACAGUGACAUAUGAGCAGCAACCGAACGACCAGAGAUGGAAUUGUCCUAUGAGCUACUUCUCACGUCGUGUAACAAGUAGCCUCAACAGAGCAGUUUGUGUACGAAUUGGAUUAUGCCUGCUGGGGAGUACACUAUUCAUCAUAGGUUUGGCGCUGCUCAUUGCAGGUGGGGUGCAGUAUUCUAAUACACCGGAACCAAUUACUCCAGAUACUGCUGAAAGUGGUGUGGGGACCCUAAUUGCAGGCGGUGUGAUCCUCUGCCUUGGACUUCUGUUUACUGGUGUGGGUGGAUGGGCUUGGUCGUCUCGAUGGGGAGGUGGCAAGGAAGCUCCGACCAGUGGAGCCGCAGCUCUCACAGCUCUGAAUCCCUCAACGGACCCACUGGUUGCAGCUCAGUAUGCACCAGUACGGGACGCCCCGCCCGCUCCCGACGACGAGACACGCAACCUCAUGGACAAUAAAGAAUGUUUAAGCAGUGCUGAAGAAAGCGACAAAAUGCUGGACGGCCGACCUUCCGUGGCGUAAGCAGUAACUGUCAGGCAGCGAUAAAAUUUUAUAUUUGAGCUUAGGCUAGUCCUAUAAAGAUGUCCCCCUAAAUUUUAAAAUGUUGUAAUGGUAGUAUUGGUACUUUAAAUAUUUAGAUGAUAAGGAUAAUACUGAAUUUAUUUUUAUGAUAUUUAAUUGGAUAGGACAUAUUAUAGUUCUAAUAUUUGUAGACAGUGGGGUCGAUCUGAGAUCUGUAAAUGACAUCUCAAAAUUUAUGUCAAAUACAAUAUUUCUACAAAAUAUUAAAUAAAGAAACUCACAUUUUCACUUGUAACAUCUUCACUGUACUAUAGAGUUUAUAUUUAUAUAGUUGCGUUUUGCAAUCGAUCCCAGUGUUUACCAUAUUAAGCUUGUACAUUUUUUGGUACAAACAUUGAAUUACUUCAGGUAAAUCAAUGAAUUUGAGCAGUGUUGCGGAGUAUUGACGUAAGUACGGUUAUCAUUUUGCUCUGGCAUUUUCUUCUAUUGUAUUGCUCUCCAAAUCGGCUAAUAAUUUUUUU